AUGGGUUGGAAAAUUUUCAAUUUUUCUCAAAAUAAGCGUUCAAUAUUUAUCGAUGACGUCGUCGUCCGACGACUCCGACGCCUCCGCCUCCGCCUGCGGGACCACUGGCGGAAUCGCCGCCGCCGCCUGGAUCGCUGCCGCCUGCUCGGCGGCCUCCCUUGCAGCCGCCGCCGCCUCUGCAGCCGCCGCUGCAGCCGCCGACGCGCGCAGGGCGACGAGGUAACCCGGCGUAUCGUCGGGAUCGCCAUCCUCCCGAAGAACCAACUGCUCCGGCGGCAGUUCCACCUCCGGCGGGGCGGGGGGAUCGGCGGGCGCCGGCGUAGGUGGUGGAGGAGCCUGACGGCCGUGCGCUGCUGGACGGGGGCGCGGGACAAGAAGGCGGCGACGGUCGCCGAUGAGGUCAGGCGUGACGCCGGACUCCGCCAGCCGGUACGCGCCGAUGACGGCGGCGUAGUCUUUGCCGUCCCAGAACGCAUGACGGCCGGCGAUGUUGUUGCGGCCGCCGGUCCGCUUCUCCUCCGCGGUGGCGCCGGGCCCGCGCGUCGGGUAGCCGUCCUUGUCGAGUUUCCAGUCGUGCGGAAGACGGCAACCCGGCGGCACGAGGAGCCCGAACCGGUAAAGCUCCUCCGUCUCCGGCGUGCUCAGGCUCGACGGCCACGCGCUGGGUCCGUCAUCGCCGCCGGUGCCGGAGCUGCUGCCGCUGUGGAACGACAUGUCGCCGGCGGCCUUUUGGGAGGUGGAGACGGGAGAGGAGCGGUGUUUGCGGCGACGGGCGGGGAGGAGCGCACUUGCUGGUACUUGCUGCAUUGUUGGCUUGUUGCCCGGAGUGACUGGAAUGCCGGAUGCACUCUGGCUCUAGAGCAGCACAAUCCUGGUGCAGGCAUCUUUGAAAAGCCAAUUCACGGGACUGGAUUAGCAGCAUCCCAGAUGGAGAAACUUUGUGACUGUUGCAAGAGAUAUGCGGACCAUUUGGAUGAAAAGAUGAAGUGUUUCCGCAGGCACAUGGGUGCUGAUUUUAGACAUGGCAUGAUCAUACCAAAGAAGUUCAUAGAUAAUUUCGGGGGAAAGAUCUCAAGAACCAUCGAACUAGAAUCUUCUAAUGGUAAUAUGUAUGUCUUUGAAGUUUCCAAGCGCAUGGGUAAUACAGUCCUCCACCGUGGAUGGCAGGCAUUUAUAGAUGAACAUCACAUAGAAGAGAAUGAUUCAUUGUUGUUUCGUCACAUUGAGAAAUCCCGUUUUGAGGUUCUGGUCCUUGAUUCUGAUGAUUGUGAAAAGGUGUUCUUCUGCCCUGGCAUCAACAUUGUUAGUAAUGUUGAAGAAAGAGGUGCGGAUUCUGUUAAUAUUUCAAAUAGCUCCCGUGAUUAUGCCACAAGAUCAUCAGGAAGCAAAAGAUUAUGUACAGGAGAAGACACUGAGAACGAAAAUACAGACGCAAUAUACUCAUCGUCUGAGGAUUCAGAAGAAGGCACUGAGGACAUUCCUUCGGAACACGAAUCAUCCUUUGAGCUAGAUGAUGGCCACACACCUUCACGGCAAGAUUAUGUCUUAGCUCGGGGAAGAACUCUAUCCAGAGUACAGGAUGAGAAAGUAACUACGCUUAUCCAGGAUGUUGGAGCUGAAAUUCCUGUGUUCGUGGCUGUCAUGAAGCCGAGCUAUGUCAAGUCACAAACUUCUGCUCUUGUCAUUCCCAAAGGCUAUGCAGUUGAACACUUCCCACCUAAAAGUCAAACUGUGACACUGCAGCGCCCAGGCAAGAGCAAGAAGUGGCAUCCCAGAUUGCACAUUAGGAAAGAUAAACGCGGGGCCAUCCUUUGUGGGCCUGGUUGGUUAGACUUUGUUCGCGACACUCAAGUACAGGUGGGAGAUAUCUGCAUCUUUGAAAAAAUGAAGAAGGGCACUGGAAGAACAUUCACAUCACUUAGAGUACAUCUACUUCGCAAAUCAAUGCUUCAUUCCGGUGGAAGCGGAACUGGUCCUAAAAGAGUAAGCUCAACUCAUGGCAAAACAAGGGUUAGUUCAGCUACCCCUAAAAGAGCAAGCACAACUGAUGGUAGAACCAGGGCAAAGGCAACUUCGACAACCAAUGUUAGGAAGGAACCAGGUGAUGAAAUGUUUCCAGGAGGAAAUGAGCCUUCUUCGGUUCACAGCCAUGGUCACGAAGCACGUCAGGGGCCUGUCGAGUCUAAUAAAUCCAGAGGGCCUCGGAAACGUCCCUACAUAAUAUCAUCCACUGCAUGUCUGACCAGGGAGCAGGAGAUGUAUGUCGACAAGAGAGCUCGCUCCCUUCAGUCCGAUGUUCCCAUUUAUGCGUCAGUAAUGAACAAGAGCAGUGUUGGUGACAACAGCCUGUAUGCCGUAACUAUUUGCAGGAACUAUGCUGCUGAGUAUCUACCAGCUGGAGCGCAGACUGUGACACUCCUGAGGGCAGAGAAGAGCAAGACAUGGGAAGUCAAGGUGAACCCGAGGAUUGGCGACGCGAAGAUGCUCAGGGGAGGUUGGCGUGAGUUUGCCCACGACAACCAUCUGAAACUCAAAGACAUAUGUCUGUUCCAGCUGAUGACGGACCAGAGGAAGCUUACGAUGAUGGUCGACAUCAUUCGUCACAAUGAGAAGCGUUAGUUUUAACUUUCCAGCACAUGAGAGUGAAUCUCGGGUGGCUGUUCUGCUGGUAUUUUUUGUGUGCUUUUGGUAGUUCUGUAAUCUGUAAACUCUGUGGUGGUGUGGCUACUUUCCAAACUAAGGGAGAAACCUAUGUUUAUGUCAUGGAAUUAUUCAAUAGGCCUUCUGGUAUUCAGGGAGUUAUCUAAUUUUAGGUUGGGUUAUUGAAUCAAUGCAAUAUUGUUUUCU